AUGGCCCUGUCUUGGAAGAGCUUUGUCAACGUCCCAGGUAUCCUGGCCGACCUCCGGUCGUUCAACUUCUCUGUCUACGGCAGGUGGUUUGGCUACAUCAACAUCCUCCUGUGCCUCGCGCUCGGCAUUGCCAACAUCUUUCACUUCAGCAUCGUGAUCGCCUUCGCGAUAGUCGCUAUCGUGCAGGGGCUGCUGCUGAUCUUCGUGGAGGUGCCGAUUCUGCUCAAGAUCUGCCCGCUGUCGGACAACUUCAUUGGCCUCGUCAAGAAGUGCGACACCAACGGGCGGCGCACGCUGCUAUACACCGCGCUCGCGAUCGUGCAGUACGCGUCGCUCAGCGUGCAGGUGACGAGCCUGCUCGCGGUCGCGAUCGGGCUGACGAUCAGCGCGAUCUUCUAUGGCACGGGGUACCUCAAGAAGCAAGAGUUCCUCGAAGGCAAUGUGAUACGGAAUCCGACGGACCCCGCCUUCAUGCGCGAGGCCGCCGUCCGCGAGGUGCUCUAG